CCGGGGAGCGGGUCCCUCGCACUCGCCGCUGCCUUUAACCGCCCUGGCCACCGGGGCGAGCGGGGCAGGGCCUGUCGGGGCGACCUGGCCUCGCCGGGACGUGUUCGCCUGGAGCUCGUCCCGGCCUCCCCAGGGCAGCGGGGGUGCUUCCGCACCAGUUUGUUUCUCAUACCUUCUUGAACAGCGAGAUGUGGAAAUUAAUGUCCGUGAUAAGUGGGACAGUACACCCCUGUAUUACGCCUGUCUGUGUGGACAUGAGGAGCUCGUACGUUAUCUUCUAGCCAAUGGUGAGCAAAAGCAGGAGCAAAGUGUGAGGCAAACACUUUUGAUGGAGAACGUUGUUUGUACGGAGCUCUGAGCGAUGCCAUCCGCCGGCUGCUGAAGGAGUACAAACAGAUCACAGCCAAGUGCAUGAAGAGGGACUACUACGAUGUCUUCCUGCAGAGGUUGCUGGAGCAGGGGUACCAGAGUGACAUUGUUUUCAUCGUUCAUGGCAAAUCCUUCUGUGCCCACCGCUGCAUCCUCAGCGCUCGCAGCGCCUACUUUGCAGAGAUGUUUGAGACCAAAUGGAAGGGGAAAAACAUGAUAGUGUUGAAGCACCCACUGAUUAACCCAGCAGCCUUUGGUGCUCUUCUGCAGUAUCUAUACACAGGUCGUCUGGAUAUUGAUGUAGAAUGUGUCAGUGAUUGCAAGAGGUUGGCCAAGCAGUGUCGGCUGCAGGACCUCAUUGAUGAUUUGGAGACCAAAUGUAAAAAAGUCUAUGAAUUUGUCUCUUCCAAGCCAGGGACCUGUGUGAAAGUGCUGACGAUUGAGCCCACAGGUAACUGCCGGCUGCAGGAAGAUCUGGCUCUCCUAGCAGACUGCGCCCUGCCAGCUGAACUGCGGGUUGGAUUUGGAGAGUUGCCAUUUGACAGCACCGACAACUUCAACAGCUGUCCUGACGUGUGUUUCCGGGUGGAAGAUUACAACUUCUUGUGCCAUAAGGCAUUUUUCUGUGGUCGCAGUGAUUAUUUCAAAGCCCUCCUUGAAGAUCAUUUCAGUGAGAGUGAGGAGCUACAGACACAGCCCAGCAUCCCUGUGGUCACUCUGCACAACAUCUCAGAAGACAUCUUCAUCCGGGUCCUCUACUACAUCUACAGUGAUGAUACAGAGCUGUCUCCAGAGAACGCCUAUGACGUGCUGUGUGUGGCAGACAUGUACCUGCUGCCCGGGCUCAAGCGCCUGUGUGGCAGGACCCUGGCCCAGAUCCUCGAUGAGGACAACAUCAUCAACAUCUGGAGGAUUGCAAAGCUGUUCCAGCUGACCCGACUGGAGGACCAGUGCACAGAGUACAUGGCCAAGAUCAUCGAGAAGCUGGUGGAGUUGGAGGAGUUUGCAGCUGCUGUGAAGGAGAACGCAGAAGCCGUGGAGGAGCGGCAGGAGACUGAUUCCAUCCCUCUGGUCGAUGACAUCCGCUUCCACAUCACCAGCAACGUGCAGACUUACAGUGCCAUUGAGGAAGCCAACCAGAAACUUGAAGCUCUAGAAAACCUCCUGGCCAGUAUAGGGCUCGAGUGCUGAUGUGUGCAAACUCUGCCUGUCAUGUGCAGCCUGCACAGCCCUCACUGCAUUGGCUCAGGGUGCAAGAACAUCUGAGUCUGAAGGUCCCACUUCCCAUUAUUUGUCCUCCUUCCCAUUCACCUUCAGGCAUAGGCAUGGUUUCUUUUUAAUUUAUUUGUGUCUGAACAUUUGUAUUUCUAGUUUGUGUUUGGUUUUACUGUGGUUUUUUUUUUUUUGUUUCUCAUUUCAGAAGUAGCUCCCAAAGCUCAGCCUAAGUCAGUAGCUGCUCCUUUGUACAAUACACUGCAGAGAGGAGACUGGGAGCUGUUGGGAAUGGUGAGGGAGCUGUUCUGGGGACUUCCUACUGCCUGGGGUUAGAACCCAUCCUGUUCUGUGGUUCAAUCACACGCUUCUGAAGCUGGCUCAUGCCAGAAUAUUUGUUGAAUUACCGGCAGCAGAGGAAGGAAACUGGAUUAAAGUCUUAAUAAGUGUAUGGGAAUGGAGGUCAGCACUGUCACUGUUAGCAUUAUAAGGCUGGCAGAACUGGGCAGUGCUUCCCUUACAGGGACAGGAGGUACUUGGCUAUGUGGAAGGCACUGUCUUCACCUGCAGUUUUAGUACUUAGAUGGAAAAAAACAAGGGAUUUCCAGGUCUUCCCUAGCUUUUCAUUGCUUUGAAAUGCUCAGAAUUUAAAAGCUUUGCUUUCUGAACAAGCAUCCUUGGGGGAAUACAGUAGAGACCAGAAUCCUUCCAUUCUUAGGAAGCAGUAGCUUUCAAUGCACAGAAGUAGUGAGACCAGCCCUUUUUAAGAGGGGACAGAAACAUCUUUUUGGAAACAGCACUUUUCCCUUUAUUUUUGUCCGUUGUGGUAGGGCAAGGCUGACUUGCUGGUGGGUCUGGGAAGAGGGGUCACUGGAAAUCUUUUUUAAAAGGAAAGGGGCCUUUUGGGUCCCUCACUGAGCUACUGUCCUACUCUAUGACCUUCUGGCUUUGCUCAGCCUUGAGCCUUUUAGCUUCAUUGUUCUCCAGGAAAUUCACUGUUUGUACUAAUGAAUGUUUUGAAUCUGUAUUCUGCAGUAGGUCAGGUUAUCUCAUGUUGUCUCCCUGGAUUCUUAAUGAGGGUAAUGCUGUUCCUUCUCCUUGGCACUAAUCAGCAGGUGAUAACCCUGCAAAAAUCUUGCCUUGCUAAAUAGGCUGCCCUUGGAGCUGUCCAUCUCUGGAAUGGUGUCUUGGGGGAGUCUCGUGUCGCCAGGGUGCAGGCCAUGCUUUGCCAUGCUGUGCUUUGGGAGGGAGGAGAGGCAUUGAGUGAAGCACAUGGUGAUCCUGUACAGGCACUGGGCUGCUGUGACCACCUCAUACAAUCAUUUUUGGUCAUUUCCUGAGCCAAGAGCUUGCAGUAUACUGUGCCAAGUGUGCUUUUCUUAUGUGUUGUGGGAGCUGCGCAAGGAUCUCCUGCAGCUUCAGGGUCAUGUUUUCUGUAACAGUGGUGGUGCCUCUUGUGGCUAAAGGGUUUGGAGAUCUAGGGUUUGGUAGGGAUUUGCUUCACGUGUGGAUGUAUUGGGAGGAUGGGUUUUUCUUCUUUGCUGAUCUCACCAGGCGAGGGACUGAUACCCCAGAGGAAGCGAGAGCUGCAGACUCACUGCCUGUGCCUCUGCUGCACUGAAGCUGUUGGCAGGCUCUGGGCACCACCUGCACUAAGGAGGCUGCAUUCUGUUGUGAGGAGGGGACUCUGGGCUUUGGCCACUGUGCUUGGGGAAGGCCAGACUGGCAAAAUCAUGUGUCAGGAUUGAGUUGCAAUUAACUGAA